CAAUAUUCCCAAUCUUAGUUGGAUAUAAAAUACCUGCAAGUGUGCACAUAUAUAUAGAUUGACUGAUUUGGGCAUGUCGAGCUGGGCUGAGAAAAUCUUCUUUUUUCUGGGAAAGAAUAAAAAGUAUGGGAUGAGACAGAAGGCAAUGGAUAAUGCAAUUAGGAUGGGGGUCCUACUGCAACCUUAACUUUUAGUUGAACCAAAAAUAGAAGUGUCCCUUCUCACAAGUAGAAAGUUGAGUGAUGGGUUGGUUUCGUACUUUUCCUCAUCCGUCUUAAUUAGGAUGCCCCACAAAUUUACGCGGCCAAUCAGAAAACGAGCCUUUGGAUGAACUUCAAUCCCUCGACCAAUGAAAAUGUGGAUAAGGCCCUUCUGUGAACCCACCCACUGCAAGUUCUUUUGUAAAUAAAAGAAGUGCCCAAAAGUGCAAUUCCUCUCCAAUCCAGACCCUUCUCUGCUGUGAAUUUAACUGGAAAAGCGCAGUCUGUGGGCCAUUUCCUUGGCCCCUCGAUGGCGUCUUUUUGAAUAGCUUGUCCCUAAUACUUAUAAAAAAUAGAUGAACUAGAAAAUAUCAGACUCCAGCUUUAUGAACAGUGUCCAAUUUGAAACCUGCAAGUUGAGUCUUUGAUACAAACUCAGAUUCUCUCACCUUUCUGGUUAAUUGAAUUCAAUGACGACGAGGAAAAGUGUGGAGAAAACAGCAGAGGGUGGUAAGACUGCCAGAGCCUGCGAUAGCUGUAUCAGCAAGCGGGCUCGGUGGUACUGUGCUGCCGAUGAUGCUUUUCUGUGCCAAGCUUGUGAUGCUUUGGUUCACUCCGCCAAUUCCUUGGCUCGUAGGCACGAGCGUGUUCGUCUUCAAACUGCCUCUUUCAGACCCUCCUCAGAUAAGUCCUCUGCUGCCUCAUGGCAUCAGGGCUUCACUAGAAAGCCACGGUCGCCUCGAAUGGGAAAGGCUGCUCUGGCAAGGAAGCCAUCUCCUCAGGUACCGGAGGUGAAUGCUAAAGAAGAAACUGAAGAUCAGGAACAGCUCUUUCUUCAUCGGGUUCCUGUUUUGGGAGCCGAUUCAAAUGUUGGUGAUUUGGCUAGUUUUGUUGGGGAAAAAGAAAAUUCAAAUGGGUAUCUCUCGUACGAUAUGGAUCCUGCUGAAUUUGCAGCUGAUGUUGAAAGUUUAUUGGGUAACUCACUUGAUACUGAGUGCUUUGACAUGGAAGAACUGGGGCUGGGGGCUUCCCAAGACGACUGGACGACGAAGGAUGAUAACUCUUUCAACAGCUGCGAAGUUAUUAAGAUUGAACCAGAUGAGAUUGAGGAAUUAACUCCGAUGAUGCUCGGCGUUGAAACCGAUCCAAUGAGGGAGCCAUUUGAUCUAAACUUUAUGGACUUCAGCGACAAUCCAUCCUGCGAUAAGGAAGAGAAGGCGAGUGUGGAAGUCAUGGCAUUGGCGAAGAACCAUGAAUUCGAGGUAGAAGAAGAGACGAAGAUUGCAAGAAACAAAAAGAAAGUAUCAUUGACUUUGGAUAGUGAAGCAGUGAUAAUAGCAUGGGGGAGCAGAGGAACACCAUGGACAUCCGGUGAACGGCCGAAUGUCGACCUCGAUUAUUACUGGCCGGAUUACAUGGGUAUGUGUGAGAGUGGACAUUAUUAUCAGGCUUACGGGGAGGUUGGCGGCGGAAUCAGGCGGCAAGCGGCGGCCGGAGUUGAAGGAGAAAGAGAAGCAAGAGUGUCGAGAUACAGAGAGAAGAGAAGGACGAGAUUAUUUGCAAAGAAAAUAAGAUACGAAGUUCGGAAACUGAACGCAGAGAAGAGACCGAGAAUGAAAGGGAGGUUUGUGAAGAGAUCCUCUUGCUUUGCGCCGCCACCAUUCCCUUUGUUUAAUUAAUGCUUAAUUAUUAACAUCACACACAUAUAUAUAUAUAUUAUUUCAAAUUUGUGCAAGUUCUUAAUUUAAUCUUGAUUUUGUACCAAUAAUCUAAACAAUAAUGCCUUUAAUCUAAGUUUAAGGUCAUUAUAUUCAUUGGAAUAUCAUACUUCUCUUUUGUUUCC